AAUAAUCAGAUAUGGUUUAAAACUCAGUUUCAUUUCAUUCGUCUCUGACAUCGCAUACAAUCAUGAAUGAAAGUGAGUUGACAACAAUUGUGACCUACAAUGGUUCUAAGGUUGGAAGCCUUGAGGACUGGAAUAGCCAGAUAGCCUCCGAGCGUUUACUGAACACGGUCAUCCUGUGCUUCUACUUGAUCAUCGGAGUGUUAGGAAAUCUACUUGUUAUUCUUGUUUACAAAGCUCGCUCGCACAUGCAGACGGACAACCGCUACUUUAUUUUGUUUCUUGCUGAGCUGGACCUAGGUGCAGUGAUUGCAGGAGUAGCUUAUUCUCUGUUCCUCAAUUUUUAUUUUGUUCUCCCAAAAGAUGGAGCGGUGUGCAAGGUGUUUUCUUUUCUUCUACAGACAGGCGGAGUGACUUCAGGGAUUGUUCUGUUGUACAUCUCAAUCCAGCGAUACAAACUGGUGUGUCGGCCGACAAGAAGACAAAUCACGGCACGGCACAGAAAAAUCAUGUUGGCGGUCAGCCUCGCCGUCGGAGCGGGCCUGUCUGCUCCUAUAUCGGCAUUUUACGACGUCAGCGAAGUAUAUAAUGCAGAAAGAAAUGUGACGGGAUUCGAGUGUAGCAUUGUAAAACCAACACCUCUUCACAGUGUCAUGUUUUCGAUUUAUAGUGGUGUCUUAUUUUUGGCGACGAUUGGCAUACUGAUCACUAUGACAGUUUUGUAUACUUUUAUUUUGAAAUCCAUGAAGAAAAGAAGUGCCACAUUCAAAGAACGCGAAAGCCGUCGAAAACAGCUACGAGAAAUGGCAGAUGCCAACACGGGGGACUUUUCCAGCGAGGAUCUGUUAAACAGUUCAUCACAAGGCCAAACAAGUUUCAAUGGACUAGAAGCAAGGAAUUCCCAAUUUGUCCUGGUCGAUUUGGUUAAAGAGAAGCAUCACGAUCUUCUAUGAUUAUCGAUAAAGACGAUGGCGCAAAAUAUCGGGAUUCGAUCUGUAAGCGAGACUCUCGUAUCGAUAGUCCAUCAAAACAGCUCACGAAACGAGGACGGAAAGCUAGCUAUCAAGCUGUGAAGAACCAUUUUUCCA